CGGGGUCUUCUCCGGCUUGGGUUGAAACAGCGUUCGCGUCUACGGGCGCGGCUUUGCGUCUCGAGCUGGCGUUUUAUACGGUAAAAUGUCCUCCCUCGAUUAUCUGGACCUGUGUCGGCUGUGUCUCGUGAAGGACCGUGUUUCGGUACCGAUUUUCGAUGGCGAGGGAGACGUACGGCAGAUUUUUCUCAAGAUCGCCGCCUGUCUACCGGUGAAGGUUGCAAGAGAAGAUAAAUUACCGAAGAAGAUAUGCGAUGAUUGUGUGUAUAAAGUAGAAUUAUUUUAUCAAUUUUGGAAUACAACAGUGAAUGCAGAAAAACAACUGUUACAAUGGCUAGGAGAAGUUGGAAUGGAAGGCAAACAGGGUUAUGUUACCAAUGUUCUCAAUCCGAAUGUAAUGAAACAAGAACAGAGUACAGAGAACAGGUUAGAUGGCAGUGUGAUGCAGCAAGUAAGCGAGCAUCAAAACAACAUGGGUAUAGGCAUGAUGGACAACAUAGGCCUGGGUAUUCCUAUGAUAAUAUCCAAUACUAAUCAACAACAACAAAUAACCUCAGUUCCUAUGGACACAAGCAGCAAUUCUGCACAAAAUGUUCAGGCAGUGCCUGGUCCAAGUUCACAAACAACACAUAACCAAAUAUCACAAAAUCAAACAAGCUCCACGCAACAAGAAGAGGAAGAGGAAAGUAGUGAAGAUGAAGAAAACUCGGAUGACGAGUGCGAUGGAGAUGAAGGCCUACCUGUAAAAGAAGAAAGCGAAGAAGAUCCCAAUAGUAGAACUAUAGAGCCUACAACCUUUGUAAACGUUUCCUUGGCAUGCGAUGAAGCGGGCCCAUCAGGACUGCAGCAACAGAAAAUUGCAGAUAUGCCUGAAAUUCCAAUGCCGCAAACAGCCGAUGGGGAUCCCAAAUCUGGGAUGUCAACGAUCGCAGAAACGUCUACCACACAGAACCCACCACAACCACUUUUUAUAGAACGCAUCGGAUCUUUUAUGGGCCUGGACGAAAUGAAAAUUCAAAUUAAGACCCCUCCAGAUUCUACUGACGACGAUGACAGUAGCGUGGAGUGUGAUUUUGAAUGCAGCAGUGUUCUUAUCGAAUACCAACCAAGGGAAAAUAUAAGCAACAUUGACAAUUCGUGCCUGGGUGAAAGGAAUCAUUGUUCCACGUCAAACAUAGUUAAUGAUGUUGAUGAACCUGUGCUGACUCCAAUGGUGCCUGGCAUGGAUGCAAGAGGAAACAUGUUUGACUCGAUUGAAAUUAUGGACAAAAUACAAUUGAACACCGACGGUGGUGUGCCGACUACGGAACAGUACGAAAAUGGAUCCGAAGUAUCGUUUAAUCCUGAUAUACAACAACGGGACGGAAACAAGAAAAGACUACCGUGGCAACUUAGAACAGUUAGACGAAUUUUACCUAAACCAACACUCUAUAACGGUAGCGAAAGGGUGGGAGUGGACGAAAAACAGUCGAAAAAGGAGGUACCCAAACGAGCAAACAGUAAGAAAGGAAAAGUUACACGCACUCGACGAAAGAAACAGAAGGGAAUUCCCGGUACUAACGUACAGGAAAUAUUGUCGACAAAAGGCAGACCAAUUUUACCUAAACCAGUGAUAUCUAACAAACAAAAAAUCACAAUAAUCGAAGACAUUAAUCUGCAGAAAACGCAAGAGGUAGUUGACGUAAAACAGUUGAUGAAAGGAACAGCAAUUUUAUCUAAACCAACAGUAUGUGAUAGUAGCGAAGUCGAACAGUUUAAUGUGCAGAAGACAAAGGAGACAAUUGAAAGUUUGGGAUUGAACAAACAACAGUUGAAGGAGAUAUCAAUUGUACCUAUACAAAGAAACAGUAAUGACGGAAGAAUGACGAGACUACCUCAGUUUAAUGUACAUAUAUAUAACACAGGAGAAAUCGCGACAGUCGAAGAGUCUGAAAUGCAGAAAACGCAGAAGGUAGUUGAAGGUGUAGGCGUAGAUGGAAAACAGUUGAUGAAAGGGACAGCUAUUUUACCUAAACCAAGAGUAUGUUAUAGUAACGAAGUCGAACAGAUUGAUGUGCAGAAGACACAGAAGGGAUUUGAAAGUUUUGGAUUGAACAAACAACAGUUGAAGGAGAUAUCAAUUGUACCUAUACAAAGAAACAGUAAUGACGGAAAAAUGACGAGACUACCUCAGUUUCAUGUACAGAUAUCUAACAAAGGAGAAAUCGCAAUAGUCGAAGAGUCUGAUCUGCAAAAAAUGCAGGAGAUAGUUGAAGAUGUAGGUGUAAACGGACAACGGAGAGUAACAGCAAUUUUACCUAAACCAACAGUAUCUAAUAGUAGCGACAUCGGACAGUUUAAUGUGCAGAAGACGCAGGAGGGAAUUGAAAGCGUGGGAUUGAACAAACAACAGUUGAAGGAGAUAUCAAUAGUAUCUAUACAAACAAACAACAAGAAAGGAAAACUUACAAAACGUCAACUAUUUAAGGGGCAGAAGAAACAGGAGGGAAUUCCCAGUAUUAACGGAAACGAAAUAUUGUUGACAAAAGGCAGACCAAUUUUACCUAAACCAGUGAUAUCUAACAUAGAAAAGAUCAAAAUAAUCGAAGACAUUAAUCUGCAAAAAAUGCAGGAGAUAGUUGAAGAUGUAAGUGUAAACGGACAACGGAAAGUAACAGCAAUUUUACCUAAACCAACAGUAUCUAAUAGUAGCGAAAUCGAACAGUUUGAUGUGCAGAAGACGCAGGAGGGAAUUGAAUGUGUGGGAUUGAACAAACAACAGUUGAAAGAUAUAUCAAUAGUAACUAUACAAACAAACAGCAAGAAAAGAAAACUUACAAAACGUCAACUAUUUAAGGUACAGAAGAAACAGGAGGGAAUUCCCAGUAUUAACGGAAACGAAAUAUUGUUGACAAAAGGCAGACCAAUUUUACCUAAACCAGUGAUAUCUAACAUAGAAAAGAUCAAAAUAAUCGAAGACAUUAAUCUGCAGAAAACGCAGGAGGUAGUUGAAGGUGUAGGUGUAAACGGAAAACAGUUGAUGAAAGGAACAGCUAUUUUACCUAAACCAACAGUAUCUAAUAGUAGCGAAAUCGAACAGUUUGAUGUGCAGAAGACAAAGGAGAAAAUUGAAGGUGUGAGAGUGGACAAACAACAGUUGAGUAAGGAGGUAUCAAUUGUACCUAUACGAAGAAGCGGUAGGUGCAGACAACGUAAAAGAUAUGGAUCAUUUAAUGUACAGAAGAAACAGCGGGGAAUUCCCAGUAUUAACGGAAACGAAAUAUUGUUGACAAAAGGCAGACCAAUUUUACCUAAACCAGUGAUAUCUAACAUAGAAAAGAUCAAAAUAAUCGAAGACAUUAAUCUGCAGAAAACGCAGGAGGUAGUUGAAGGUGUAGGUGUAAACGGAAAACAGUUGAUGAAAGGAACAGCUAUUUUACCUAAACCAACAGUAUCUAAUAGUAGCGAAAUCGAACAGUUUGAUGUGCAGAAGACAAAGGAGAAAAUUGAAGGUGUGAGAGUGGACAAACAACAGUUGAGUAAGGAGGUAUCAAUUGUACCUAUACGAAGAAGCGGUAGGUGCAGACAACGUAAAAGAUAUGGAUCAUUUAAUGUACAGAAGAAACAGCGGGGAAUUCCCAGUAUUAACGAAAACGAAAUAUUGUUGUCAAAAGGCAGACCAAUUUUACCUAAACCAGUGAUAUCUAACAUAGAAAAGAUCAAAAUAAUCGAAGACAUUAAUCUGCAGAAAACGCAGGAGGUAGUUGAAGGUAUAGGUGUAAACGGAAAACAGUUGAUGAAAGGAACAGCAAUGGUACCUAAACCAACAGUAUCUAAUAGUAGCGAAAUCGAACAGUUUAAUGUGCAGAAGACGCAGGAGGGAAUUGAAGGUGUGAGAGUGGACAAACAACAGUUGAGUAAGGAUAUAUCAAAUGUAGGUAUACGAAAAAUCAAUAGGCGCAGACAACGUAGAAGAUAUGUACCAUUUAAUGUACAGAAGAAACAGGAGGCAAUUCCCAGUAUUAACGGAAACGAAAUAUUGUUGACAGAAGGCAGACCAAUUUUACCGAAACCAGUGAUAUCUAACAAAGAAAAAAUCAAAAUAAUCGAAGACAUUAAUCUGCAGAAAACGCAAGAGGUAGUUGAAGGUGUAGGUGUAAACGGAAAACAGUUGAUGAAAAGAACAGAAAUUUUACCUAAACCAACAGUAUCUAAUAGUAGCGAAAUCGAACAGUUUAAUAUGCAGAAGACACAGGAGGAAAUUGAAAGUUUUGGAUUGAACAAACAACAGUUGAAGGAGAUAUCAAUUGUACCUAUACAAAGAAACAGUAAUGACGGAAAAAUGACGAGACUACCUCAGUUUCAUGUACAGAUAUCUGACAAAGGAGAAAUCGCAAUAGUCGAAGAGUCUGAACUGCAAAAAAUGCAGGAGAUAGUUGAAGAUGUAGGUGUAAACGGACAACGGAAAGGAACAGCAAUUUUACCUAAACCAACAGUAUCUAAUAGUAGCGAAAUCGAACAGCUCAAUGUGCAGAAGACGCAAGAGGGAAUUGAAAGUGUGGGAUUGAACAAACAACAGUUGAAGGCGAUGCCAAUAGUAUCUAUACAAGCAAACAGCAAGAAAGGAAAACUUACAAAACGUCAACUAUUUAAGGUACAGGAGAAACAGGAGGAAAUUCCCAUUAUCAACGUAGGCAGACCAAUUUUACCUAAACCAGUGAUAUCUGACAAAGAAAAAAUCACAAUAGAGUCUGAUCUGCAGAAAAUGCAGGAGAUAGGUAAAGGUGUAGGUGUAAAGCGAAAAAAGUUUACGAGACGAAAACUGCUUGUCCCUGAACCAACGAUAAAUCAGAGUAGUAAAAUCAUUGUGGUUCAAGAUGUUGAUCCACAUAUUAAAAGUCUCAUGGAUUUGAGUGUGAUACCAAUUUUACCUAAACCAAUAUGUGAACCGGCGUCAAAGAAGAUGAGAAUGACGUAUAACAAAACAGUCUCUUGUCCGUGUUGUGAUAGAAGUUAUAUUAAAGAGAUGUCGUUGGACUGGCAUUUUCGCAAAUGGCACAAGAGCCAUUACCUUUGCAAGAAAUGUCACUAUAUUUAUGAAUCCCAAGACGCCCUCGACGAACAUUUCCAGGUUCACGCAGUGCCAGGCAUGAUGCAGUGUUCUAUCUGUCAUAGAAGAUACAAACAAAUGCGGUGGUUCGAAGAACACAAAAUUCGCUACCACACCCCCGAGGAAUUGGAAACGAUAUACAUAAGCGAGAGCAUUACACUGUGUGCUUGUAUAAGCAAAUUUCCAAGGCCCGGCCGAUCGCUCAUUUGGGAAUUGACCUGCAAACGCUGCAACAAUGCUUUCCCGCAGCAUUCUUCCCUGGUGGCUCUCGAACGUUUCAGUCACAAUGCAGAGGGAUCGAAAAACUUGCAGUGUAAAACGUGUAAAAAAUGUUUUCUUCGUGUGGACGACCUACGCAUUCAUGCUAAGUUGCACACACGUAGCUUCGUUUGCAACAUAUGUGGCGAGGAAUUUAGUGAGAAAUUUAUUCUGGCGUUACACGUUCAAAAACAUAUCAAUUAAAAGCGAUAUCAGUGCAAAAUCUGUCACGUUUUAUCCAAUUGAGUGUACUUAGAACACACGAGUUCACCCACCCUGGAAGAAGGUUUCGCGCGUGUAAUAUGUGUGGUCAGUGUAGGCACCUGGGAAAUUACCCACCACCACCUUCGGUGUUCCUUGGCAGUCUUGAGAGUGUUGGGGGUUAGUAUAGCAGCUCAUCAGCAUCAGGUACAUGUUGAGAUUAAGGAGUGAAAUUAGACUCAUGAAUAUUGAUUAUAAUCAUUAAAUUGAAUUUUAUUUUCUUACUGAAAUUUGAUUCGCUUUUAAGAACGAUUGUUUUAUAUUAUUAUCCCAAGCAAAAAUCGUAUCUCCUUCGUUUUUAUAAUUCUUCAUUGUCAAGUAUAAUUAUUAUGAAUUUAAAAUUGCGUUUUUACAUCGUGUGUUUGUUCGUUCAUUAAAUUAGCAAUAUUGCUGUUUAUUAUUUAGUUCUUGAGUUCGUUUACGUAGUUUAGUUUUUAUUAAUUAAAUUUUUGCCGUUUCAACUAUUCAUGAGCUGUAUAAUCAGAGGAAUUUAUUUAUCGAGACGAAUAGAAAUUAAGUACCGCAUCAUUAAUGAUAAACACUUAUUUAUACACGCUCACUUUUAUCGUCUACGAAGAUAUACUCUUAGCCAUAACACAUGUUACGUAAUAUUUGAAGAUGUACAAAACACAGUGAAAUGAAAUAAAUUGUUAUUAAGUCUAGUAAAUGCAAGGCUCUGAUCGAGUCUUUCGGUAGGCUUGCUGAGUCAACGGAUGUUUCAAUUUUAAAAGCCUACGAUGAUAUUGAUAACGUUGUAUGAACCUUGUACUAACUCUAUCGAUUCCUGUUAAAAAUAAGUUAGCAUUGAAGAUUGUGACAGGCUUCUGAAACCAAAACAGUAUGAAGACAACAUACUAGAAAAUGAAGAAGAGCCACCCAGGAUAGUUGGAUCGAUUUUACUUAAACCAAAAUAAUCGAGAAUUUAAAAAUCAUAAUACCUCAAGAGAAGAAGCAGUUUCAUGACCAUGACAAGUUAUUUUAUACAUUUAAGUGUAUUUAAAAGAGACAGACUCACAUAGACAGGGGAGAAACCUUAUGGCUAAUUAUGGUCGCAGUUUUACUCAGCAAAGUAGAAGAAUCAUCAUUAAAUGCAUUUUGAUACGACAGCGAAUUAAAAAUAAAUCGUGCCAUUUAAUAUGAUUUUACAUUUGUGUUUUCGUUUACUGUAUCGUUUGAAAUAUUAAUAAUUUUUUGU